GUCUGUAAUGACUCGUCCCUAGUGCCCUUUGAAACGAACUAAAAGGCCUCUCUUCAAUUUCCUCUGAAAUUUGAACCACCAACCAAUAUUUGAAAUAUUGUAUUAUGAAAUUCUGAAUUCGUCAUGUGUGUAUUAGAAUUUGUUGGGAGUAUAAGUUAAAGACUCGCACCCACUAAUUUCAAAUUCUUGAUUAGCCUCCAAGAAGUGUCAAACUCAAUUCGAAGAGCUGGAAGAAGUAGAAGAAAGACUCGUUUCACUGGUUCAAAAAUGUCCAAAUCUGAGAAUCCUUCAACAAAUUCAUGCCCAUAUAAUCACUCAUUCAUUUCUUCCACCUUCAACAAUCUCCUUCAUCCUCUCAAAAGUUGUCACUUUUGCAGCCCUUUCACCCAAUGGCUUUGGCCUCAGUUACGCGAAAAGGGUCCUUACCCAAAUCCCAAACCCUAGUAUAUUUUCUUAUAAUUCUCUCAUUAGAGGUUUUCUUGAAUCCCAAAUCCUUUCUAACGAACCCUUUUUCAUAUUCAAGAAAUUGCUCAAGAGAAAUUACCCAAAAGCGAAUACUUUCACUUUAGCUUUUGUGUUGAAGUCGUGUUCGAUCUUGACGGCGUUUAAUGAUGGGCAACAAGUGCAUAAGCAUGUUGUUCAAUCUGGGUUUGGGUCGAGCCCCUUUGUUCAGACUUCAUUGUUGAAUUUAUACGCGAAAUGUGAGGAAAUUGGGUUGGCGGAGAAGGUGUUCGAUGAAAUUCCUGAGAGAAAUGUGGUUGCUUGGAGUGCAAUGAUUAGUGGGUAUUCGAAACUUGGGAUGGUUAAUGAGUCUUUUAGUUUGUUUAGGGAAAUGCAGAAGACGGGUGUUUUGCCUGAUAAGGUUACAAUGGUGGUUGUGAUUUCGGCUUGUGCUAUGUCUGGGGCGUUAGAUUUGGGUAGAUGGGUGCACGCGUAUAUUGACAAGAGAUCGAUUGAGAAUGAUCUAGAGCUUAGUACUGCGCUUGUUAAUAUGUAUGCAAAGUGUGGAUACAUUGAAAAGGCAAUUGAAGUAUUUGAAGCAAUGCCUUUUAAAGAUGCCAAGGCUUGGAGCUCAAUGAUAGUUGGCUUGGCAGUAAAUGGACUCGCAGAAUAUGCACUUGUGACCUUUUCCAGGAUGAACAAAGCUAAGGUGAAACCUAACCAUGUGACACUAGUUGGGGUUCUUAUGGCUUGUGCUCAUAGUGGAUUAGUUUCUGAAGGGAAAAGGUAUUGGGCAAGCAUGAUUGAGCUUGGGAUUGAGCCAUCUUUAGAGCACUAUGGCUGCAUGGUAGAUCUAUUAUGUCGUUCAAACUUAGUUGAUGAAGCUUAUUCAUUUGUCGAAUCCAUGCCACUUGCCCCGUGUCCAGCAAUAUUGCGUACGUUACUUGUUGGGUGCAAAAAGAACAAGAUCUUGGACAAAUGUGAAUUUCUCGCUCAGCAUCUCAUUGAAUUAGAUCCCUGGAAUGCAGAGAACUAUAUCCUACUCUCUAGUCUGUAUGCAUCAGUAUCAGACUGGGAGAAAAUGCGGCAUGUGAGGAAACAGAUGAAAGACAAAGGUAUUAAGGCUAUGCCAGGGUGCAGUUCCAUUGAAGUUGAUGGUUUCGUGCACGAGUUUGUGAUGGGUGAUUGGUCACACCCUGAAGCAGAGGAGAUCAAAGAGUUCCUAAGGGAUAUAUCUCAAAGGGUAUACUCUGAAGGACAUGAACCUUGGAUUGCUACUAUACUGCACAAUGUGAGUGAUGAAGAGAAGGAGUUUGCACUUUGUGAGCACAGUGAAAGGUUAGCUAUUGCUUUUGGCCUUUUGAAGACAAAAGCACCGACAGUGAUUAGGAUAGUGAAGAACCUUAGGGUCUGUAGGGAUUGCCAUGAAGUGACGAAGAUAAUUAGUAGAUUAUACAACAGAGAGAUAAUUGUAAGGGACAGAGUUAGGUUCCACAGAUUUGUAAACGGGGCUUGUUCUUGCAGAGAUUUUUGGUAAAUAUCAUUCCAUUGACAAUA